AUAAUCUCAGCUUCAUCUAAUCCAAUUAUUUUGUGUCUAGUCUCGGAAUUCCAUUUCCAUGCUCAAUCCGUUUCUUCUCCUUCACAAUUGAACCAAAUUCUUUCUCCAAAACUAAAAUCCUCCACUGAGGAGAAGAGAUUCAACUGACUGAAACACAGAAAAGUUUUCAAAAAUGGUGACCGGUUGGAGAAGAGCUUUUUGCACUUCCAUUCCCAAGAAGCAAGAGAGCCCAGGUUUCCCAGAAAAGCAACUGCACCACCAACAGCAGCAGCAGCAAAGCAAUAGCACAAAGAGUCCAAGAUUUUCCUCAAAGUUUGGAUUUUUCUCCAAUCCAUCAACGCCUAGGUUACAAUCUCAACCGGUUUCAAGCCCACGUCUUCGUUGCCGAACCACUUGCACCCCGACAUCUUCUGUUCCCAAUAGUCCCAAACUCCAUUGCAGAACAUCCCAUUUCUCCGACCCUUCCUCCCAUAAAUCCCCAUCCAGUUUUUCCUUCCUUAAAUCCACUAUCUGCCUCUCCAAAGCUGGCCGGUGUGGAAUCUGUUUAGAAAGCGUCAAAACGGGUCAAGGCACGGCGAUUUUCACGGCGGAGUGUUCCCAUUCCUUCCACUUCCAUUGUGUCGCUGCUCAUAUCAGGAAGCAGCAUAUACUAAUUUGUCCCGUCUGUUCCACCUCCUGGAAAGAUCUACCUUUACUCUCCCUUCAACACUCUGGCCAACCCCAUAAAACAUCUUUCAACAGCAUCAAAACGAAGCCGCUUCGGGUCUAUAACGACGGUGAACCGUUGGUUUCUCCUGUUUCUCUCUCUCAGUUUAAUCCAAUUCCUGAAUCCGAGGAAACCGAAAACGACGAUGAAGAGGAGGAAUUCCAAGGAUUUUUUGUUACUCCGAUGAGCAAUGCAAGAGACGUGGAGGUUAGGUUGUCGCAGGAGGCUGCAAUGGUGGCGGCUGGGAGGAGUUACGAGAGUUACGUGGUGGUUAUGAAAGUGAGCGCGCCAACCUUAACGCAUGGGUUGAAGAGGGCUGCGAUUGAUUUGGUUAUGGUGUUGGAUAUUAGCGGGAGUGCGGUGCGGUUGCAGAUGGUGAAACGUGCGAUGCGGUCGAUUAUCUCCUUGCUUAACGAGAAGGACCGUUUGUCGAUCAUAAUAUUCUCAUCGAGUUCGAAACGGCUGUUGCCGUUGACAAGGAUGAGUUCCAGUGGACGGAGAUCUGUGAGAAGGAUCGUCGACGCGCUGGGAAACAACGGACAAGGGAUGAGUGUCAACGACGCGCUGAAAAAGGCGGUCAAAGUAUUAGAGGAUCGUAGAGAGAAAAACUCAGUUGCCAGUAUCAUGAUCUUAUCCGACUGUAAUGAUAAACAGUCCGAGUCGAAUCCCACCAAUGAGAACCUUCCAGUUGUUUUCACCACGCGCCUGAGCCAUUCAGAAAUCCCCGUGCACUCAUUCCACUUUGGAUCGUGUACUCACGCUCCAAACGAGGAUACUUUUUGUAAAAUCGUGAACGGUCUCUUGAGCGUGGUGGUUCAAGAUGUGAGGCUUCAACUGGGAUUCGAAUCCCGGUCAGCCCCAGCCGAGAUAUCAUCUGUCUAUUCAUUGACGGCCCGACCGGCUUUAAUGGGGUCGAGUUCGGUGCGGGUUGGAGAUUUGCAUUCGGGUGAAGAGAGAGAGCUAUUGGUGGAACUAAAAGUACCCGUAUCAUCUCGCGGGUUCCAGAGGAUGAUGUCCUUACGAUCAUCUUACAGAGAUCCAUUUUCUCAGGAGAUGGUCUACUCGAGAUAUCAAAGCUUGGUUUUACCUCGGCUCCCACAGUCCUUUCGAUCUUCUUCUCACAGUGCCGCGCGGUUGAGGAACCUCCACGUGAGCACACGCACCGUGGUAGAAUCUCGUGGAUUAAUCGAGAGCAACGAUCUAACUGGAGCUCAGCAUUUGCUUACUUCGGCUCGGGCUUUGUUAAUGCAAUCGAGUUCGAGUUCGGGUGAGGAAUUUAUUCGUGGGUUGGAGUCGGAGUUAUCCGAGAUGAAUCGGCGACGCCUGAAACAAAGGGUAAAUAAUAAUAAUAAUAAUGGGAGAGUGGAGGAAAAGGUUGAGCCGUUAACGCCGACUUCGGCUUGGAGAGCCGCAGAGAGAUUGGCUAAAUUGGCGAUUAUGCGGAAGCAUAUGAAUAGAGUUAGCGAUUUGCAUGGAUUUGAAAAUGCCAGAUUUUAGUUUUUGUUUUUAUUCCGUUAUUACAUGUGUAGUAUGAAAUUUACAUAAAAAUAAUAAUAAAACAAAAAUAGUUGUAUACUUAAUGCAAUGCCGGCAAAAAGGAUUGGAAGUGUUGUCUAUUUUUUUUAAAAAUAAAGGUAAUAAGAGUAGAUAAUUUAUUUGA